ACAAUGGCGCUCCCUCCAAAGUGGUAUCAGUUUCUCGUCGGCGUGUUCGCCUCGCUGGGCUCACUGCUCUACGGAUACGACCUCGGUGUCAUCGCUCAAGUCAUUGCCGCAAAGUCGUUUGUCGCAAAAUUCAACCCUAGUAAGCCCGAAGAGGGCGCUGUUGUCUCCGUCUUCACGGGCGGCGCUUUCUUCGGAGCCUUCGCGGCAGGGUUUCUGGCAGAUGCCAUCGGUCGUCGCCUGACGAUUCUCUCUGGUGCUGUGGUAUUCUGUCUGGGUGGGGCUUUGCAGACGGGUGCGCAGGCAUUGUCCUAUCUCUAUGCUGGCAGAAGCAUUGCGGGCCUCGGUGUUGGCGUGCUGUGCAUGAUUGUACCCUUGUACCAGGCUGAAUUGGCGCAUCCUAGCAUUCGUGGACGUGUGACUGCGCUUCAGCAAUUCAUGCUGGGAGUCGGAGCUCUGUCGGCUGCUUGGAUCUCGUAUGGAACAGACACUGGGUUUGCGCCUACAAACGACGGGCAAUGGCGGACCAGUCUUGGGAUUCAGGUCGUUCCGGCCGUUUUCCUUGCAGCAUUGAUCUUGCUUUUCCCCGAGAGCCCGCGCUGGCUGAUCGACCAUGGUCGCACGGAAGAAGGGCUCAACACCCUGGCCCGACUCCACGCUCAUGGCGACAUCAACGACCCUUGGGUGCGCGCCGAAUUCGACCAGAUCCAAGAUGCAAUCACGUUUGAACAUGAACACGAGGCGAGCUCCAUCCUCGAACUCUUCACCGAUAAGUCUUCGUUCCGCCGUCUCUUCCUCGCCUGCUCCAUCCAGGCUUCGAUCCAGAUGACGGGUGUGUCGGCUAUCCAAUACUACUCCGUCACCAUCUACGGUCUGAUGGGCAUCGAAGGCGACGACACUCUGAAAUACCAAGCCAUCUCCUCCAUCAUCGCCCUCAUCGCCCAAGCGCUGUGCAUCCUUCUCAUCGACAGGUUCGGUCGACGUUGGCCGUUGAUUCUGGGUAACCUCGGCAACAUGGUGACGUUCAUCAUCGCGACCAUCCUGCUAGCAGUAUUCCCGCCUGGCGCCAACCAAAACAAAGCUGCGGCUUGGGGAUUCAUCGUCGUGACAUGGGCAUACAACUUCUCCUUCAGCGCGACGUGCGGGCCGCUUUCAUGGAUCAUCCCCGCCGAGAUCUUCGACACCAAGACGCGUUCAAAGGGUGUCAUGAUGGCCACCAUGCUGUCCUUUGCCUUCAACACCAUGAUCGGCCAACUCACCCCAAUCGCCAUGGAGGCCGUCGGAUACAAAUUCUACAUUCUCUUCGUGGUCUGCAACUUGACAAACGCCAUCUUCUUCUGGGCCGUCCUCCCGGAAACCGCGAAACGCCCCCUCGAGGAAAUGAAAUACCUCUUCACCAACGCCCCGUUCUUCGUCCCGGGUAUGAAGGGCCAAGACUACUCGCCGCACGAUCUCGAGAGGCGCGUAGAAGAGGUGGAAGCGAAGCACGAGUACGCGCAUCGCGAGUAAAACCCGGUCUACACCGUCUCCCCUCCCACUCACUACCCUGCA